GCUUCGCAACGCAGGGCCUGCGAGUUGCCGCGAUUAUCGGCGAGUGGGUGCCCGAAAGACAGCUGCAUCGCAAGCUUGAUCUUCGCCGUCAUGUUUCCCUGCGCCUACUUCGCAGCAAGCCAGAUUAAGCGAUGCCUGGAAAAGAGCAUUCCAGAGCUGGUGCGACUCCUGGAAGAUGGGUUCCGUAGCCUCGCCUUGGGUCCCGAUGGUGGCAUCGUCCAGCCUCAGAGACACAUCGUGCCUGCCAAGGGUCACAAUGGGGAGCUGCUGUCGAUGCCGGCUUACAUCGCUUCCGGCCAGUCACUGGCCACCAAGGUGAUCACCAACUACCCGAACAACAGGUGGCCCAUACCGAGCGUCCAAGGCGUCGUGCUCCUCUUCCAUGCCGACACAGGAGCCCUCAAGUGCAUAAUGGACGCCGAAGAGAUCACCGCCUACCGCACUGCUGCUGCGUCGGCCGUAGCCACCAAGUACCUCGCCAGCGAGAGCCCGAAGAUCCUCGCAGUUCUGGGCGCAGGGACGCAAGCGAAGAGUCACAUCCUCGUCAUGACUACAAUGUUUAGGUUUGAACAGGUGCGGAUAUGGAACCACCGCGAGUCGUCGGCCAUGUCCCUCGUGCAAGAACUCGCCGCCCUGGGCAUUUCGGUCCGCUACGAGGCUUCAGCCGAGGGAGCAGUGCGCGACUCUGACGUAGUGGUCACCGCCACCUCGUCUCCCAAGCCUGUCUUGGAGGCCGGCUGGCUCAAGAAGGGUGCCCACGUCAACGCGGUGGGCGCUCCGCAUCCCGACAGGCAAGAGCUGACUGUGGAGCUGAUGCGCCAGGCUGUAGUCUACGUGGACAGCACCGAAGGGGCACGCACAGAAUCCGGUGACGUCAUUAUUUCCGGGGCUCCUAUAUACGCGGAGAUUGGAGAGGUUGUGCUGGGGACGAAGGAGAACCGCCGAUCCGACACGACAGUCUUCAAAUCGCUGGGCAUGGCAAUGGAAGAUGUUCUGGCAGCCGACCUUGUCUACCGUCACUUAGCGGACGAUAAAAGCUGAAUGG